AUGACGGGUAGGCCAAAGUUGAGGAUUGCUAUUCAAGGAUGCUGCCAUGGUGAGCUUGAUAACGCUUUUAGGGCUGUAGCCCGUAGGAAUAGGGAGAGCAAGAUAGAUUUGUUAAUUAUACUUGGUGACUUCCAAAGCAUGCGAAAUAAAAAUGAUAUGAAUUCAAUUAGCAUUCCACAGAAGUAUCGUCGGAUGGGUGACUUUAGCAAAUAUUAUCAUGGAAACUCUAGUUUUUCAGUGCCUACUAUCUUUAUUGGGGGCAAUCACGAAUCAAUGAGACAUCUAAUGAAGUUGCCUUAUGGAGGUUACGUAGCAAACAACAUAUAUUAUUUGGGCUACUCCAACGUUAUUUGGUUUAAGGGGAUUAGAAUCGGUUCUAUAAGUGGUAUAUGGAAGGAGUGGGAUAUUGAAAAGCCAAGACCUGCAUGGAAUGACCUAGAAAGAGAUCAUUGGAACACCAAUAUUAGAUCAUUAUAUCACGUAAGAAAGCAAGAUCUGAUACCUUUAUUCAUGUUACGGGAGAAAACCGAUAUUAUGCUUAGUCAUGAUUGGCCAAAUGGUGUAGUAGGGUAUGGAAACGUCAAUGAUCUGCUCAGGAAGAAACCUUUCUUCAAAGGUGACAUAGAAAAGGGGGAACUCGGUAGUGAUCCCAAUUGGAAACUACUAAAGAAGUUGACACCAGAAUGGUGGUUAAGUGCCCAUUUGCAUGUGAGAUUUGAGGCUAUUGUACGACAUAACGGCUUGAAUCGAGAGCUAAAGGAGAAUGAACAAGUUGGGCUUAAGGAAAAUGAUUCAGCACUUCCUCGUUAUGAUGCUGAACGAACUGCUGUCAACAGAGAAACGUCUACCGAUUUUAAUCAUGUCAAAGAAAAAAAUGAGGAAGAGAUAGAUCUUGACUUAUCCGAUGACGAGAGUAUAGAGCCAGAGGCAACCCUCCACAACAGUGAAACUAAGUUUCUCGCAUUAGACAAGUGCUUACCCCAUAGGGAAUGGCUUGAAGUGAUUGAAAUAGAUGCCGACACAUCUCAUCCUUCAUGGACUCAAAAAGGUAUGUUUUGGGAUGCCGAAUUUAUAAAUAAUUUGAAAUUCCUCGAGAAGUAUAAGGAAGAAAUUAUGCAGAAACCAUUCACUGAUCUUCAAUGGUCAACGUUAAUAGAUGAAAGAGCCAGUGAAUACACAGCCGAUGCCUAUAAUGACAUAGACUUGAAAAUUCCUCGCUAUUCCCCUGGCAUACAGAAGAGGGAAAACGAACAAACUUCAAUGUUUUUAGGGAAAUUUCUGAACCAUUGA